AGAGACCUACUCUAUCAGCAGCAGCGAAUUCAUUCUGCUCUUCAUACCUAGAGCACACUGUCACUGUCAUAGACCCUACCACCAUCCACACAACCAAAACCGUCGACGCAACAGUAACCACAACCAGUACAUUCGGAACGUAUGCCUGGCGCUAGUCAGUACUUCCUGCCCCCUCCAUCAUUUACCUAACAUUCCUCUCUCCAGUGAAACCACAGUAAUACUUUGCGCGACUCCCUCGCCGAGAAUGCAAUGCAAUUACCCCGCCAACCCCGACGACGGCUCAGCCCACGACCUGAUCGCCACCGAAGUCGCAUUCGACGGUAUCAACACCUUCCAGUGUCAACAGCGAUGUCUCGCAAAUUCGGAAUGCAAAAGCUUCCAAUUUGGUGCUGCGUGUGAGAUCUUUAAUAAGACGAUUGCGGAGGCGCAUAUCAAGCAUAAUGGCUCAAGUACGAAUCUGUAUUUUGAUAGGGAUUGCCCGCAGUAUCAAUAUGUGAAUUACUCCCACUCAAAGCCGGUACGAUACAAAAAGACUGAUUGGGACGAUACAAAGCCUGGAUGUCCGGCAGGAGAUCACAUCAAAAGAGUCCCCGCGAGCCAGACGCCAAGCGAACUCAAGACUCUUCCGCCCAAUGAGAUCAGUUCUAUCUGUACUUGCUUGGUAGCUUCGGUUCCUACGGCUGUAACCAAGACGAUCAUCAACUCGUUGAUCUUGAGCGCUUUUACGACGGAGACUUUCACGACUACGGCUUUGACGACGGUUACAGCUUACCCUAAGAAUCUUAUCUCGUGGACUACGAGCUACUCUUUGACCCAUUAAGAGGGUUGAGGGACAGCAGGAAGGGAAUCAAAGGAGGGCAGUUGAUGCUGAAGGGAAUGGGCCCAUAUGCGGACAUUUCUUUCUACUCGGAUGAAUUG